AGAAGGAGCGAAAGGAUGGGGUGCAGGAAGAGGGAAAUGGCCGGGGGUGAAGACUGCCUGUGGUACCUGGACAGAAACGGGUCAUGGCACCCUGGCUUCGACUGCGAGUUCUUCACCUUCUGCUGCGGCACGUGCCAGCAGCGGUACUGCUGCCAAGACCCUCUGCGCCUGCUCACCGAGCGCCAGCAGCGCCACUGCCAUGUCUUCAGCCCCAAGACCAUCGCGGGCAUCGCCUCAGCCGUGGUGCUUUUCAUCGCCAUCGUCACCACCAUCGUCUGCUGCUUCAUGUGCUCCUGCUGCUACUUGUACCAGCGCCGGCAGCACCUCCGAACCCCCCUGCAAGACCUCCCCAAUCUCUCCUGCAGGCCCGGAAAUCCCCCUGUCCAGCUACCCCCCUGCAGCUCCUCCAGCUCCCAUCCCCGUGGACUCCAAAGCCGGCCCUUCGCCUCCCCAGCCUGGCUUCACCCCCAUGGCCAUGUAUCCCCCGCCUGGCCCUGCUGCCCAGUACCCCAUGUACCCCUCUGGCCCCCCUGUCUACUACCCCACAGCACCACCUCCCUACGUCCCGGCACAGCCCAGCUAUCCUGGAGCAUAAGCCCUGGCGGGGACCCUUGCACCCGCCGCCGGCCAGCGGGACCAAGCUGGGGACCCCUGAGAACCCCCCUGGCACUGGAGGGCUGCCCCAGCCGGCGCUGGAUCCGGCUCUUCCUGGCCAUCCUGGGGUGAUCCAACGCCAGCAGAACAGGGCGGCCCUUGUCCUGCACACUGGGCCCUUUGUGGGUGCCUAGUCCCUGGCUCUGGGUGCCAGCAGCCCCAAGCACUCGUGGGGGGGUCCCCUGAUGGCUGUGCACUGCUGUCUCCCUGCACACCCACCCCGGAUUUACCCCUGGCUCUUCUUUCCCCCAGGGCUGGCAUUAAACGACGUCUUGUGCCCACA